GCUCCAUAAAAAUACAGACUCACCAGUUCCUGCUUUGAUGUGACAUGUGACUCCCCAGAAUACACCUUGCUUCUGUAGACCAGCUCCAACAGGAUUCCAUGGUAGCUGGGAUGUUAGGGCUCAGGGAGGAAAAGUCAGAAGACCAGGAUCUUCAGGGCCUCAAAGACAAGCCCCUGAAGUUUAAGAAGGUGAAGAAAGACAAGAAGGAAGACAAAGAGGGCAAACAUGAGCCACUACAACCUUCAGCCCACCAUUCUGCUGAGCCGGCAGAGGCAGGCAAAGCAGAGACAUCAGAAAGCUCGGGCUCUGCCCCAGCAGUACCAGAAGCUUCUGCUUCUCCCAAACAGCGGCGUUCCAUCAUUCGUGACCGGGGCCCCAUGUAUGAUGACCCCACCUUGCCUGAAGGUUGGACACGAAAGCUUAAGCAAAGGAAGUCUGGCCGCUCUGCUGGAAAGUAUGAUGUAUAUUUGAUCAAUCCCCAGGGAAAAGCCUUUCGGUCUAAAGUGGAAUUGAUUGCAUACUUUGAAAAGGUAGGCGACACCUCUUUGGACCCUAAUGAUUUUGACUUCACGGUAACUGGGAGAGGGAGCCCCUCCCGGAGAGAGCAGAAACCACCUAAGAAGCCCAAAUCACCCAAAGCUCCAGGAACUGGCAGGGGUCGGGGACGCCCCAAAGGGAGUGGCACUGGAAGACCCAAGGCAGCAUCAUAAGAAGGUGUUCAGGUGAAAAGGGUCCUGGAGAAGAGCCCUGGGAAACUUCUCGUCAAGAUGCCUUUCCAAGGAAGGCAUGGGGGCAAGAAUGAGGGAGGUGGGGCUACCACUUCUGCCCAGGUCAUGGUGAUCAAACGCCCUGGCAGAAAGAGAAAAGCUGAAGCUGACCCCCAGGCCAUUCCUAAGAAACCGGGCAGAAAGCCUGGGAGUGUGGUGGCAGCUGCUGCUGCAGAAGCCAAAAAGAAACUCCUAGUUGUGUCUUCUGUUCCAGGCAACUGCAGUGCUUACCUGACAGCAGUCAACCAUAGCCCGAGGAUUCUCCCUGCCCUUUGA